UAGCUUGAAUACUAGCAAAAAUUGGAAACAAAAAAUGGCGAAUAAAAUGGAUAUUGCAUUAACAUUAGGCCAAACGUUAAAAAAUUACGAAAUUCAACAGAUGUAAAUAAAACUAAAAUGUAAAUAAAUUUUCUCAUUUUACUGAGCCUGAAACACCAUCGAUUGCUUUAUCACAAAGAUACUAAGUUCGCUACACCAAUGUCCAGCAAAAACAAUUGGGCGGAUCCAAAUGGAGACGUACAAUGAAAAUGUGUUCCUCGUGGUGUUGGUGCUCAGCCCACCACGCAAUGCUGAUCAAAGGAACGCCAUGCGAAGGACCUGGCUCCAAACUGCAAAAAAACCGCUCCAUCAGCAGUAUUAUCCCGAAGAGUUGAUUUAUCUUCCCACCUACAGCUCUAAUGGCUUUUUGCAGGUGGAAUUAGUUGAGCAACAGGCAAAUCGUCUCAGACAGCAUACGAGUUGGCAGAAAAGUAUGAUGACAAAGGAUCUUCCAAGGACUCAAAGGCUUAUUAAAGUGAAGCACGUUUUUGCCAUUGGUACCUGGGAUAUAAGCAGUUCCAUGCAAGCGGAGCUGGUAAAUGAACAAAAGCAACAUAACGACCUUAUGAUGCUGCAACGGCACAAUGACACAUACGCCAAUCUUACAAAAAAACUUAUUUAUGCCCUUGAUUUUGUGACACACCACUACGAAUUUUCAUAUGUCAUCAAAGUGGAUGACGAUACCUACGUUAAGCUGGACAGUUUGCUCAAUGAACUUAUUUCCUAUGAUCGAAAAUUACUAUGGAAAAGGUCGGAGUACGGUCAAUAUCCCUUGCCACAGUUAUAUUGGGGAUACUUUAAUGGUCGAGCGACAAUAAAAAGGAAGGGCCUUUGGAAAGAGUCUAAUUAUUUUCUUAGCAAAAACUACCUGCCGUAUGCCUUGGGCGGUGGUUACGUUUUAUCUCGAAAACUCUGUGAAUAUAUUGUUAACAAUUCCCAAUUGCUCACGCCCUAUGUGUCCGAGGAUGUGUCGGUCGGCACUUGGCUGGCUCCACUGCGUCAUGUCUAUCGCUGGCAUGAUCCCAGAUUCGACACUGCGUACAUGCCUCGCAAAUGUCAGAACCAUCAUAUGGUGCUGCACAAACGAAAUCUAGAAAUGAUGAUUGAUAUCUACAAUGGCAAGCUCUGCAGUGGCAGUGGUUCAAGCUCUUUGUCUGAAUACUUUUAUGAUUGGAAAAAGGCAUCGGAAAAAUGUUGUGAUAGCUUAGUAGUAUAGCCACGUCGUGGAAACUUACAAAUAUGGACUAUUCGCUUACCUGUGCUUGAUCAACCACUCCAACCGGUCGUCAUUUUCAAUUAGACUAGCUACCACAAUGUCCUUAGGGGCCACAAUAUAGAAGCGGUUCUCUUCGAUAAUGCUGCCCAGACUGUAGUCAUUUACGGUGUACUCCUCGAAUCCCCGCAAAGUCAAACUAUCUGUGCAUACCUCUUCGCUCUUAUUAACAUUGUAUUCAAUAACGCACAACACGGGGCGCAGAGCUUUGAAAGAAGUGCUUCUUUCUUUGCGAUAGCCAAGCACCACUAAUUGUUUGGCAGUUAGUGGAGCAAGUCCACAUAUGUAAAAAGUAGUUUGAAAUGUUGAGACUGUAAUGAUAAAAUAAAUGUUACAUUUUCAAAGUCCAA